AUGGCCCGGGAAGAAACUGUUGGUGAGACCCCACCGCGGCACCCAGUGGUGCCGGAAGACGCCUCGCAACAUUCGAGCUCAGAACGUACCAUGUCAACAUUCGAGCGAGUUAUAACAACAAAUGCGCCCAUAUUUGAAUCCUUGUUGCUUCAACUCCCGACCGAUGCCAUCAUCAAACUAUAUCACACUUCAAACUUCCUCCGUACGUUCCUUCGGUCAUAUCCGACCGCAUGGAAGUCACUCUCGUUUCGUCUACAAAUCCCUUCGGGGACUCUACCGAACCCUACAACCGACCCAAAUGCCUCUGACACUACCCUUAUACACCAAUCUCGACCCUAUGCUCUGGAUAUGUUCUUGAUGAAUGUGGUGAUUCCAUUCAGUGCGUGUUUGAAGAGCCUGGAACUGGAUAACACGGCCAUUUCCGGGGAAAACCUUACAUCAACUGUGCUACAUACACGCCGAGAGACGCUGGAACAUCUGUCUGUCCGAGGUUGCAAGAAUGUCUCUCUCAAAUACCAUAUCGUUCCUUUCCUAACCAUGUUCGCGCUACAAUGUGAUAUCGACAUGGAGAAGAACACCUCGAAUUCUCUCGGAAUGAAACGACUCGCCCUCAAGAGCUUAUAUGCAUACCGAUGCCGGCAUCAUCGUAGACGGCCAUAUCUUUCCUCUUCGUUGAUGCGGAAGGACGCUGACGCGGAAUCCACUCAUGAACUCGUCAAUAUCUGCCACAAGCUCGGGAUCUGGACUGAUACUGCGUGGUGUACCACACCCGCCGGUAGAUGUGCCCGUAGAGCCGGCUAUGUGAAGUCAAGGUUUCCACACGGUGCGGGAUCCCCAGAAGUCUGGGUUGUGUUUGAUCGACUCUGGAGAUCUAAAAACUGGAUCGGCCCGGUCGAGGGAGAAACCUCUGAGCCGGGCGUCCGCGACGGCAAGCUGUGGGAGAACUGCGACACAGGAUGCUUUGGCGAGGCGUUGGGAACGGGUGAGGGCAUCGACAUGGGGGAAGGUAAAAUGACACCUGCCCACCUCCGCCGCAGUCAUACCCAAUUUGUGCAAGGUAUUCGAUGUGACAACUGCCUCGAGGACAUCUCCGAGCGAUGUGAGCAUUGCAGUGUCUUAAUGCACUGCGUAGGAUGUCGCAAGACACUUUGUGCAAGCUGUGCCCACGAAAGGCCGUAUCUUCACCGAAACACUCUUUCCUCUUCCUCCGCAAACGGCCAAAGUACAUCUGAUUCCUUCUGGUGGGCACCUGGGGCGACACACUCGCCAGGCUCGAUGCAGGAUCCAGUGGAUCCUCUGGCACUAUCAGAUCCUAACCUACACCAGGGCCCAAGCCCGGAACCUCCAGAACUCAACUUUCACUGGUGCUGCACCAAACCUGACCUUUCCGGAGGAGGUGGAAUUAGCAUCGGUCCUCGUACUCGUGAAGUGGACCAAGUCAGAGCCGUGCCUUUGCCCCGUGGUCAAGGCUGGGAGGAUCUUGAGUACACGGUCAGUGAAUGGAGCAAGACAUUCCCGAAAUACGCAUAUGGCGAUCCGAGCAAGCCUGACUACUCACUCGAGGCGGGUCAUCUGGCGAUGAUGAAAUGGCUACUCGGUCCACCCAACCGUCAAGUUUCACCGUGUCCGCGCAACCUGUGCCAAGGGUGCUACGAUUCUCCACAAUGGAAGGUGCACUGCAAGAGCUGCUCCAAGCCUCUCUGUAUUGAGCAUGACCUUCGUGGACUUCGCUUAAGAAUAUGCGGCUACCGUGAUCUUGAGACGGAGAAGCAGAGCAUUGAAAAUCGAUUCGCAGCGCACCUCUCACAAUCUCCUCACUCCGGGGAGGGGUCUGAAUACGACUUACCGCUCAGAAGCCAACAGCUCCUCGACUCGGCUAACAAAAGUUUCAUUGGUGAUCCACGGCAAGAUAGCCUGGAGGAGGAACAAAAUAGCUCUGAGGCACACGUCGUCGAUCAGUCGGGUCAUGCCUCCUCUUUUUUCUCUAACCAACCAUCUCGCCCGUGUUCUGCCCCCACGUCUAAUCAAUCCUCGCCUCCGUCAUCCUCAUCCUCCGAUUACUUUGAGUCACCGCAAUUUGACCCUCCAAAAUGGCAAGGUUGCCAAUCCUUCUUCUGUCCUCCGAGUGAUCCUAUCACCGGAAUCCGGGAUGUCAGAGGCGGUAUCCGGGACCCACGUCCACGAUGCCCUAGUUAUCUUCGUGAAUGCAAAGGCUGCAAGGUGUAUGUAUGUGCCGACUGCACAUACGCCCACCCGCCCUGCAAAUGCUCGUAUUGUGAAGAGAACUACCUGUGUCCCAAUUGUAUGAUGGACCGUCCUCGUGACAACCAGUGCCGUCGCCGCCAGGAAGAAAAGGCGCGACGAGAGCACAAGUGGAAAAAGGACAUGCAGAUCCUUGAGGGCAUCCUGGAGCUGAAGGUGGCUAAUGAGCUGGCCGAGUUCGCUGGCGAGUUCUUUGACCUCGUUGAGCGCUACGAUAAUCCACCUUCGGGGACCUUGACCCCCUUUGAUGACAUCCCCGACCUGUUUGAGGGAGAACUCGCUGUAGCGGGAACAUCCGCCUCGCACUUCGAGCCCGACGAAAAUGACUGGCUCGUUCAAACCUCCCAUGAGUCCGAGACUUCCUCUCACACCCUCUGA